AUGAAGACUACCAGCAUCUUCACUGCCCUCAUGGGUAUUACAGCCGCCGUUGCAGCCGGUCCCAAUGACUUCAAGCGCGACCUGCAGGCUCUGAAGCUCACAAAGCUAAACGCUGGUCUUUAUGACCAACACCUUCCCUCUACUCGCAUUGUCAACUUUGAUUUGAACGAUCCCAACAGCAGCAUUGACACUACUUGCUCUGCUGCCUGGUCGACCGGCAUGGCCGCUUCCUACAAGUUCAACUGCACCAACCCCAAGUAUCAGGUCAACUUCCCGUCACUCUACGACAUCAAAGACAUGAAAUUGAACGUGUCUAUCACUGGCUCCAAGGCUUUUGGACUCGGUGAAGUCAAUGGUGAUAAGUGGAAUUGUGAGAAGACUGGGGCUGAAUAUCCCUCAGAGACCUGCGAAUGGGAUGGAGUUUAUGAGAUCCCCUUG